GAUUUCCCUUUGAACAAGUCCCAGUCCUUGAGAUAGACGGGAAGAUGUACACACAGUCCUUCGCCAUCAACUGUUACAUUGCUAAGGAGUUUGGCAUCUAUGGCGACAAUAACCUGGAACGUUUGCUCAUUGAUCAAGUCCUGCUUCUCAUCAAGUCCAUCUUCGACACAGCCUCCCAUUUUCUCAGUGAAAAAGAUCCGGCUAAAAAGGUUGCAAAGGUGAAGGAAUUCAAAAUGAACACCUGCCUACCAACUUAUAGAAAACUUGAAAAAUUGUUGGAGCAGAACGGAACGGGAUAUUUUGCUGGGAACAGGCUGUCAGUGGCGGAGAUAGCCGUGUACGAUGUGACCACCACCACCCUUCAGUUCGUCAUCGUCCCCAUAGACGGCAAGUUCCCUCUACUACAGGCCAACCUGAGGAAGACCGCGGAGUUCCCAGAGAUCAAGGCGUACAUGGCCACAAGGAAGAACCAACAUUUCCCUGUGUCUCAGCAGCCACAAGUGCCUCCUUCUACUAAGACUGCUUAAGUAUUGUGAGGCAUCUUGAAAUCUUUUUUGUUUUUUGGCCGAUUGGCAAUUUAAAUUUUUUUUUUUUUUUUUU